AUGCUACAAAGAUAUCCAAUGUAUCUUUUAGCUACCAUUAUCUUUUUUCUUCUUAUUGGAGUAGGAGAUUGUAAUCCGAAUCCAAAAGAAAAACAAUGGACAAAAUACCAUUCAACAAAAGAAUUAGAGGAAAAACUUAUUGAAAUUCAUGACAAAUGUCCCAAUCAUACAGUUGUCUAUGUUAUUGGUAAAUCUGUCCAAGGACGUGAUUUAAGUGUUAUUGAAUUUUCAACAACACCAGGAAAACAUGUUGCUUAUAAGCCUGAGGUGAAAUUAAUUGGAAAUAUGCAUGGUAAUGAAGUUAUUGGUCGUGAAUUGUUAAUUCGUCUUGCUGAUUAUCUUUGUGAUGCCAUUAUUAAUAAUAAAGAUGACAUUAGAAAAUUUGUUGAAUCAGCUAAUCUUCAUAUAUUACCAUCAAUGAAUCCAGAUGGAUUUGAAAUGGCUUUACAUACAUCACCUAAAGAACGCGCUUGGUUAACAGGAAGAGGAAAUGCAAAUGGAAAAGAUUUAAAUAGAAAUUUCCCUGAUUUAGAUAAAAUUUUCUUUAAUAUGAAAAAAAUAGAAUCAGAAGUUGCUUAUCCAAAAUUUGAUCAUCUUUUAGAAUUAUUUUCUGGUAGUAAUGAUGUUGAACCAGAAGUAAAAGCAGUUGGAGAUUGGACAUUAGGCAUUCCUUUUGUUUUAUCAGCCAAUUUUCAUGAAGGUGACCUUGUUGCAAAUUAUCCAUUUGAUGAAAGUACUGUAGAUGGUAUUUCACAUACAAGUAAGACACCUGAUGAUGAAACAUUUAAAUAUUUGGCUCGUGUUUAUGCAUCAAACCAUAAAACAAUGGCUCAACCUGGAAGACCAUCAUGUGAUGGAACAACUGAAAAUAAAUUUUCUGAACAAGGUGGUAUUACAAAUGGAGCAAAAUGGUAUUCUGUUAGUGGUGGAAUGCAAGAUUUUAACUAUCUUGCAACAAAUGAUAUGGAAAUAACAAUUGAAAUGAGUUGUGACAAAUUUCCUGAUUCUAAAGAUCUUCCAAAAUAUUGGGAUGAUAACAAAAAAGCUUUAAUUGAGUUUUUGUGGGCUGUUCAUACAGGAAUUAAAGGAAUUGUUAUGGAUAAAGAAACUCAACUACCAAUACCUGAAGCAACAAUUUUAGUUAGAAAUCUUAGUACUAUUUCAUCCGAUAAUAAUGGUUUAAUUAAACAUCCAGUAACAUCAUGGAAUACAGGAGAUUAUUAUCGUUUAUUAACACCAGGAACAUAUGAAAUUAUUUGUAUUGCUGAAGGAUAUGAAACAAAAAAUAUUCAAGUUAAUGUAACAAAUGAUGUUAAAGAUUCUGCAAUGGUUGUUGAUUUUGAAAUGGUACCAUUGUCUGAAGAAAAUUUUUUAUCUCAAUAUAUGGGAGAUAUGGUACCAGUUGAACUACUUCAAAAUGAUGAGAUUCCUAUUGAAAGUGAUUCUAACCCAAGUUUAGCAAGAGAAAUGAUAGAAAAUAAUCUUAUGGAUAACAAUUCCAACUAUUAA